UUUCGUUUAUUCUGCGUGCUUCUGUGGACGAUACGGAAGGCAGAAAAUCGAAAAUUAUUCUCAUCACGGCCAGGGCUCCAUCGUAGGCCAACACCUGUUUCGCAGACGCGUCGUGCACAGUACUACGUGCAAGCAGAAUGUCGUUCAUCGCACGCAAUGUGGCCAGAACGCUGGUGCAGGCCUCAUGCCGUGGAAUUCACUCCACGACCGUCGCCCAGAACCCGCGGUCGAGCGCGAAAGAAGGUCGCAUCACGUGUACCCUGAUUCCCGGCGACGGUGUCGGUCCGGAGCUGGUGUACUCGGUGCAGGAGGUGUUCAAGGCCGCCGACGUGCCGGUCGACUUUGAGGCGUUCUUCCUGUCGGAGGUGAACCCGACGCUCAGUGCCCCGCUCGACGAUGUCGUUCGAUCGAUCCGCAAGAACAAGGUGUGCCUGAAGGGUAUUUUGGCGACGCCGGACUUCAGCCGCACCGGCGAGCUGGAAACGCUCAACAUGAAGCUGCGCAACGAACUCGACCUGUACGCGAACGUGGUGCACGUUGUCAGCCUGGAGGGAGUGAACACGCGCCACAAGGGCAUCGAUGCGGUCGUCGUCCGCGAGCAGACGGAGGGCGAAUACUCGGCCCUUGAGCACGAGACCAUUCCCGGGGUGAUCGAGUGCCUGAAGGUCAUUACCGGCCAGAAGUCGGCUCGCAUUGCUAAGUUUGCGUUCGACUAUGCCACCAAGCACAACCGCAAGAAGGUCACGUGCGUCCACAAGGCCAACAUCAUGAAGCUUGGAGACGGAUUGUUCAUGAGGAAGUGCGAAGAGAUCGCCAAGCUCUACCCAAGAAUUCAGUUCGAGAAGAUGAUCGUGGACAACACAACCAUGCAGCUGGUCAGCAAUCCGAACCAGUUCGAUGUAAUGGUGGCCCCGAAUCUGUACGGUAACAUUAUCGAUAACAUCGCGUCUGGUUUGGUCGGUGGUGCCGGUGUCGUGGCUGGCUCGUCGUUCUCUGCCGAGCAUGCCGUGUUUGAGCCGGGUGCACGACACACGUUCGCCGAGGGCGUGGGCAAGAACAUCGCCAACCCGACGGCAAUGCUGCUCUGCUCGUCCAAGAUGCUGCGUCACGUGAACUUGAUGCCGUACAGCAAGAUGAUCUUCGAGGCCGUACAGAACGUGCUGCGCGCUGGCAAGGUUCGCACCAAGGAUCUCGGUGGUCAGAACACGACUAACGAGUUCACUCACGCCGUCAUCCACAACCUGCGAUAAAUGUUUCGCACGAUAAUGCCCGACCGUCGUUCCGAAAUGUUCUCUACGCAAAGGGAACCUACGGUGGUUUGAUUUUGCUGGUGAUGAUGAUGAUGAUGAUGAUGAUGAAGUACGUGAGGCGAACGGGGCACAGAACGAAUUGAUAAUACCCUGAUAGCAGUUAUUUCCUUUUUUGCACUCUCCUCAAUCACCUUUUUUCUCAAAUCUCCUCCUGCGGGAUCACAAUAGUACUUUUUCGUUAGAUUUUAUUAUCUACUCGAGUCUUUCUUUUAGUCUAACUUAUUUUCUUACCAUUACCUAAUGAACUUUCUCCGGCAAAGCUUGGUCUACUUGCGAGGCGCCCACCUCCACCCCUUCCCCCCCACAGAACGAAUGCAAAAGAUAUCGUCGAUAGAUUUUAAUUAGUGCAAAUGUUUGUAAAACAAAAGCCAACUUACCUAUUUAUUCAAUUUACCAAAGGAAAGGAAAAGCACGCGAAAACGGCGUAAGGAUAUGUAAGACGAAGCGUGUGUGCGAGUGUGGCCGCUUCGGUAUGAUGCCAUCGAGGAUGUGAUUAGGAGUUGCUUAGGAAGAAGACAAGAGUAUUAAGAGCAAAAUCUUGCAAUAAGCGGCACCGGAUGCACCGAAAAGUGCAGCACACUCUACUACUACCUGUUGUACGUUGCUAGUGAAUGACGAGUCUUCGAAUAAUAAUAAAUUUUAGCGCGAUAACGUUCGGCUCCUGAACGCUUCACUCUGUAGCUUGCUUUAUUGUAGAUCG